AAUGUUGCAGAGAACACCAAAUUUUUCUGUACAGUAGCAACAGGAUGUCACAGCACUCCAAAUUCUCAGAGAUAAGUUCUGUACUCAAAGAGUCUGCUUCAUGUGAUUCUCAACCAGCCAUCAAACAGUUGUCCCCUAGAGAAAAAAUCCAAGAGCCUGCUUCAUGUGAUUCUCAACCAGCCCUCAAACAAGAGCUUGUUUCUCCAAAUGAUAUAAAAGCAGAACCAAAUGAAGAAGGAGCAGAUAAUGAAUCCAGAUGUCAGUUCACUAGAUUACCUAAUAACUUAGCAAUGAAAGCUUUUAUUGGAGAUGACAUUUAUAAAGCAAACGACAUUAAACCGACCCCACUGGAUUUGAGAAUUAUCAAUGUUGAAAUUGAACAUUCCGAUGGGGGUAAUACAAUCUGUCCCAGUUCCCCACAAAUUUUUUCUACAAACUGCAGAAGAGAGAUCUUACAGAAACAUUUAGAGCAGAGCCUGAAGAACGCUUUACAUUGUGAAGAUUCCAAUCAAAACCUCAUGCCCAUGGACUUAUCCAUGCCACAGAAGCAUGAGGAGAAUGAAGAUGGUGAUGACAAUUCAUCAGCUGAAGACAUGCUUUAUGACAACACAGAUAAAAAAAAUCAUAACGGUCUACAAGUAAAUUUUACGUCAUGUGAAAUCAAACCCGAAAGCGACAGUUUUCAAGAUGAUUUAGGCCUCACACUAGAUUGUGAUUCAUGUGGCAAGCACUUUUCAAACAAAUAUAACUUAAGUAAUCACAAAUUAAUCCAUACGGAUGAGAAACCAUUUAACUGUGAACUCUGUGGAAAGUCUUUUGCAAAGAACAGUUACUUCAAAAAGCACAGCUGUUUCAAUACAGUUGAGUGUGACAUCUGUGGUAAGCUUUGGUAUUCGAAGUCCGAAAUGGCCAUGCAUAGGAGAAUACACACUGGUGAUAAACCUUACAAAUGUGAUGUCUGUGGGACCACUGCAAAUCAUAAAUACGACAUGGAUGCCCACAUACGAAUACAUACUGGUGAAAAACCAUUUAACUGUGAGGACUGUGGUCGAAACUUCACCAGAAAAGCUGACCUGCGCGUUCAUAAACGGAAGCAUACCGGUGAAAAACCACACGUGUGUGAUAUUUGUGGUAAACUAUUCUCGAGAAAAACUCAUUUAAACGAUCACAAAAUGAGACACACUGGUGAAACCCCAUACAAAUGUGAAUACUGUAGUCGGGGUUUUAGGUCAAAUUUUCUUUUGCUUUGUCAUACGAGGCUGCAUACGGGAGAAAAACCUUUCCCCUGUGAUGGUUGUGAUAAAAGAUUCACUAACCAGGCCACGUUGAAGCGCCAUCGCAUGCAGCAUUCCGGUGAGAAGCCAUACACUUGUGAAUUUUGUUUCAAGAACUUCCGCACAAAGUCGGACAUGACGUUACAUGAGAGGACCCACACGGGUGAGAAGCCGUACAAGUGUGAUGUCUGUGAUAAGCCAUUCGCCCACUCAUCCUCACUCAAGCGACACCAGGGGAUUCACACAAGAGAACAGCAAAGUGGAAAUGAAGAAGCCACAAGCUAAAACUAUAUUGCAAUUCACUCACUCAUCAUCACUCAAGCGUCACCAAUGAAUUCACAUUAGAGAACAGCAAAGUGGAAAUGAAGAAGCCACAAGCUAUCAUCCCAUUCACUCGCUCAUCGUCACCAAGGUAUUUACAUUAGAGAACAGCAAAGUGGAAAAGAAGAAGCCACAAGCUAUCAUCCCAUUCACUCGCUCGUCGUCACCAAGGUAUUUACAUUAGAGAACAGCAAAGCGGAAAUGAACAAACCGCAAGCUAAAACUAUGACGUGAUUCUGAUAAAAAAAUUUCGCUGAUAUGAAACAGGAUUUUCUCCCUUUGUUGUGAUACCUAUGUGUUGUUUUAAAUAGUUGUGUAGUUCAUGGAAUGCAUUUUAUUCAAAACUACAAGCGCUUCAUUGUAAUAGAUUUAAAAAAAACAAAUGUACAGAAACUUAAGAGAUGCCACUUUUUUAAGGGUAUCAUUAUUUAUUAAUUUAUUUUGAGAAAAAUUUUCCAGUUAAAGUUUUGAUAAGUGAAAAUUAUUUUAAACAUUCUUUGCUUAAUAUUUCAUUGCAAUUUCUCAACACUACCAUCUAAAACAAAAUAAUUUGGGGUGUAUUAUAGCUAUAUGUAUAGUUAGGAUUUUGUCAAGAUGUUUUAUGGAACUUGUUUGAGUGCUCUCAGUUGUCCCUCAGUUCUUGUCUAGAGGUAGCAUUUGGUACAGGGGGGGUUUGUCCAACCAUCUAUUACAGGGGUGUUGAUGUCCACCUCAGCGGUCGGCGUGGUCGAGUCGGUAAAGCUCAUGGUUGCUAAACCGAAAAGUCUCGAGUUCGAACCCUCUGGCAGAUGAGGCUCGUUAGCUGGGGACAGCUACUCUUCUAGGAGAGACAACUCC